CACUUAGCUAGCUACACAGAUAAUCUAGGUAGCUAGUUGAUCUGUGGAUGAGAGAAAUUCAUGGUCCAUCCAAGGGGGUGAUAUCCGCGAGCGCAUGGUCACGUGUGGCAGUUAGCCUAGCCAGUGUGAGAUGAUGGAGUCAAACAACCAUUUCAACUAUGGCAGCCACUCCUCCGUGUCUGCUAACUCAGGACUGAAACUCUCCUCAGGGGAUUCUCUCUAUUCUAACAGGUCCUCCAUGAGUUUCCCUCCACAGGGGAAGAAUAUGAAUGGCGAAAUGAAUGUGAAUGGCGUCACUACUGUAAUUGGGCCUAGUGUGCCUGGCUCCCAACUUCCAACAGCGUCAUACCCCCACAUGAGCAACCACCACCAGAGUAGCAUGGGCUACGACUACAUGUGGGGAGGACAGCCACAGUACAGCCCAGCCAUGGGCUCGUCUCCUGGGCAUGGUAUGCACCAGAAGCAGCCUCCACCUGGGGGGAUGCAGCAACAGAGCCAGCACCACUUCCAGGGUCAUGGACAGUACCAACUGAACGGGGGCAUGCCUGGGUCCCGUCAGCCACCCGUGGCUGCCCCACCAAACGUGACUCUUACAGGGGGCCAGUACUGGAACAGGGGUAACCCGGGGCAACAGCAGAGCAGCACAGCCAUGGCAAUGGGGUAUAACUCACAAGGUGUGUACGGGUCCUACCAGAGCCAGGUGCACCCUGGGAUUGCGCCCUCACAGCAUCACCAGCAGCAGCCUCCACAGUCAUCCCCUCACCAACAGACACAGCAGCACCUUCACCCGCACCACCACCCACACCACCAGCAGCAACACCAGCAGCAACCUCAGCACUACAGCAUGGUACCCAAUGGGAUUCCCUACUACCAGCCCCAGCACCCACCUCUUCCCGCUCCACAACCCCAGCCCCCAUCCCAAUCUCAGUCCCAGGCUCAGAUGAUGCCCCCUACCUCCCAAAAUUUCACCCCUCCACGGGGCAGCCCACAGCACCACCACAUUGGCCGGGGAGGCACUGGCAGCCCUCUCCCCCUGGGGGUGUCCUCUGUCCCAAUGAUGUCACCCUCGACAAUGGCGGAUAGUGGAUCGCCCCAGAGCCAGACCAGGGAGAGGAGUCCCCAUGGAGGUACUGUGGGGAUGCCUGCUGUCAUGCAAGGGCGGAUGAGUGAAGUGUUUAAGGAUGUGGAUAAAGGCUAUAAUGGGAUGGAGAGGGCGUCUGUCACCCAGCUGGUGCCUACGAUUGACUACUGCCAGCGCUCUGAGCAGCCGAUGGCCCAGCACCAUGAAAUGGCAACUUCAGCGAGGGAGUCUGCGCCACCUGCGCCUCCACACUCGAUGUCGUCCCAUCCUCCGGCUGUGUCUGCGCCUUCCACCCAUUCUAGGCUCUCUGCACCUACUGCUAUGUCUACUCCUCCAAUGGGUACAUUAGGACCUCCUGUCGUUUCAUCCUUCUCUGUUAGUCCUGCGCCUCCCCGAAACUCAGCGGCUCCCAUGUCCUCUUCUCCUUCUCUCCUUGUGCUUGGACCUCCUCCCGGGCUGUCUUCGCCUCCUCUGAUGAGCACAAGACCUUCUCCAGUGUCUUUGUCCACACCUCCAUCAGUGGCAUCUCCACCCUCGUCAGUGUCUGUAACUCUUCCCAAGCCACCUGCACCACCUCUUCUCCUGGACAAAUCCUCUAUACCUCCAGCUGUGUCUGCUCCCCAUCCAGUCAGUGCUCCUCCCCCAGUGUCUGUGGCACAUCAGACUGCUCCCAUGACAUCUGCCCCUCCUGCGAUGGUCUCUACUCCUACUAUGGUGGGUGCUCCCUCGCGCUCCAUGUCUGCACCCAUCUCUGCACUUCAGCAGAUGGUUCAAGGAUCCAGACCCAUAGCUUUAUCUGGAGCUCCUCGAGAAAAGUUUUGGACUCCAUCAAUAUCUGCAGUUGCACCUCCCCCAAGGGUUUCUGUGUCCCCCCCAGCGGUGUCUACUACCUUGUUGGCAGUAAGGCAAAAUUCCUCAGCAGUGCCCGGUCCUCCUUGGGCAGUCAGUGCACCUUCUAUAUCAGUGUCCUCACCUCCUCGAUCUGUGUCUACUCCUCCCCCAGCAGUUUCUGUUCCCUCCACAGAGUCUGCGUCUGCAGUGUCCUCGUCUCCAAAGGAGGUAUCUAUGCCUCCUUUAACAGGUCAAGGCCCUAAAGCUCAAGCCCCCGGAGUUUCUUCAAUGUCUGAGCCUCCUGCCUUGGUGUUUGUGCCUCGUGCAGUGAUGACUGCUCUUCAUAUGGUCCCCUCAACCCCUCCUGCUGUCUCUGCGCCUUCCCUAUCCAUUCCUGCUCCUCCACAAGCCCCUAAAUGCAUGUUUUCCGCUGAGCCAAAGGAGCGAGACAUGGGGAAUAAGAAGGCCAUGGGUAACAAGAAGGAACCCUCUGUAGAACCACCUGGAAAACUAGAGGCGAGUUCUCCACAGCCUAAAGUCGACCCAGUUAGAACACCAUCAAAGAUGGAUGCCACCAAGUCUCUUACUCGUCAAUCUGAAAAACACUCACACAAACCCCUCACAGAUAUUCCUGGGACUCCUCCGCCUCCCAAGGACCAAGAGAACUCCUUUGGCGACAAAAUGUGUGGGGCGAGAAUGGACACCGCCCCCCUGAGACACUCUCCCCUGGAGAGAAGAGGUCUGGAUGACACCUGUGAGACGGACGAGUCAACGUUUGAGGAGUCUGCGGACGAGUCGUCACAGGUGUCCACGUGCCUCGACAGCACCAGGAUGGAGAAAACCAGCUUUACUGAAGAGGAUGACGCCUGUAACGACUCGUCACUCAAUGACACAUCUCAGUUUGGUGACACUUCUAGACUUGGCGCUAACUCUCGAAUGGAUGACACGUCUCGAUUGGAUGACAGCUUCCGUGUAGAUGGUGAAACCUCUCGGUUUGAUGAUACCUCUCGCAUGGAUAAAGACUGCUCUCGAUUGGAUGCCACCUCUCAAUUGGAUGACAGCUCUCGCAUAGAUGGCGGCAAAUCUCGAUUUGACGAUACCUCUUGUUUGGAUGACAGCUCUCACAUGGAUCACCCCUCUCGUGAGGAUGAAAUAUCACAUGUUGCUGACACUACAAUAGAUAGCAGCUUCUCCUCUGUGGCGGAUUCCAGGGACUUGACGCUGGAUGAUACCCAAACAGAGGACUCUUCCCAGGCAGAGGAGACCAUUGACAGCUGCCUGAGCACCGGGGUGUCCAUGCUGGAUUCCUCUCUGAACAACACCUCUCAGAUGGAGGACUCCUGUGUUGAAUCCUCCCAGAAUGACGUCUCCCGGUCAAGCUCAAAUGGCCCUGCCAAACCACCCCCAGCCUACAAAGGGUUUGAAGGGGAAUGUGAGUCGGAGGGCCAGGAUAUACCCGACUGUGCUGGCACCACCAAGGCCAGUGCCGUUAGUAUCAUGGCUCCCCCUGUUAUGGACAAAAGCAAGAACACAGCGGCGCUCAGUGCCCUGGUGGGGAACCUGGUUGCAGCCCCACUCCUGCCCUUAGCCGCCCCAGCCGUACCCACCACCAGCCAAAAGACACCAAGGAAACCCAGGAAGCCACGCACUCCAGCAGCCUCCACUCCCGUUCCUCAGGUCCCCGGGCAAGCACAGCGGAGGUCCGCUGUUAAAACUCCAAAGGUGGAUAAGAUAAAGGUGGAGAGGAAGAAGAAGCUUGAGAAAGGAGAGGUCGUAGAGAAAAAGGAGAAGGGACCACCAAGAAAGAGAAAGAAGACAGAAUCAGUAGCAGUCACAGAAGAGGCUGAACGUUCUGCUGAAGGCUUACUUUCUGGUCAAAGUGGACCAGUCACUACCAUCAAUGAACCAUGUCUGACCAGUGGCGAGACCCCGCCGACCAUCAAACCCAAGAAGGUUAGGGUCAAGAAUCUGGAACCGAUGCCACCCAAAAUAGCGAAAAUUGAUGUUAACACUAAACCCAAUGAUGGCAAUAACGACAAUGACGGAGAUGACAGUUCCACUGCUGGUGACACCCCCAGGAGGAGGAUAGCAACAGAGGAGCAGGUCCACUUCCCUCUGCUCCAUGGCUGGAGGAGGGAAGUCCGAGUCAGGAAGACUGAGGACCGGCUGAAGGGGGAGACCUGGUACUACAGCCCCUGUGGGAGAAGGAUUAAGCAGUUUCCAGAAGUCAUCAAGUACCUGAACAGGCACAAGGACACCGCUGUGACCAGGGAACACUUCAGCUUCAGCCCCCGCAUGCCCGUAGGAGAUUUCUACGAGGAGAUGGACUCCGCUGAGGGAGUGAAAUGGUGCCUCCUGGCCAAUGAGGAGGUGCCUUCCAUGAUCAUGGCCAUCACGGGCCGCCGCGGCCGACCUCCGAACCCUGACAAAGAGAAGCCCCGCCCCCGAGCUCGGCGCACCAAGGGUGGGCUAGUCCGAAAGCCCGGCAGGCCGCCCAAACCAAAGAUGGUGGACCUGCUUAGCAAGGUUGACGCCAGAAUGCUGGAGAGGCUGGAGGCCAAGGAAGCUCUGACUGAGGAGGACAAGGAGAAACUUGUCAAAAUCAAGAAGAAAAUGAAGAGAAAGGCAAGGAUGAAAAGAAAGGAGAAUAACCAGAACAAGAAGAUCCGACAGGAGAAAAAACAAGCGAAGCUUGACAAAGCCAAGGAGACCAAGGACCAGGAGGUGGUGAAGGCUGAACCAGCCGACCAAGAACCCCCACAGCCUGCCCCCCCACAACCGCCCGCCCCAGAGCCCAAAAAGCGUGGCCCUAGGAAGAAGAAAGCUGAGGUGCCUUUACCGGUCGUGGAGACGGACCAGGAGAGGGUAGCCCAGGGGAAGAGAGUGUUGGGGGCCAGGAGUAAGGCCAAGGCCCUGGCUAAGGCCCAGGCAGAGGCGGAGGCUGCAGCCCAGGCGGCCCUGGCAGCUAAGAAGCAGGUGGAAAGGAGAGCCCAAUCCCAGAGACGGCUGGAGGAGAGGAAGAGACAGCAGAUGAUCUUGGAGCAGCUGAAGAAGCCCACUGAGGACAUGUGUCUCACAGACCACCAGCCCCUUCCGGAGCUGUCUCGGAUCCCUGGCGUGGUUCUCUCUGGCGUGGCCUUCUCCCACUGCCUGACUGUGGUGGAGUUCCUACACAGCUAUGGCAAGGUGCUGGGCCUCCACAUCCCCAUGGAUGUGCCUAGCCUCAGCACACUGCAGGAGAGCCUCCUGGGCCUGGGAGACAGCCAAGGCGAGGUCCAGGAUCUGCUCAUCAAGCUGGUGGAGGCUGCACUACACGACCCAGGCCUGCCACCGUACUACCAGUCAGUGAAGAUCCUAGGGGAGAAGCUGGUGGAUCUGGAGCUGACACGCAGCACAGUGUCCGAGGGCCUGCGAAUCUUCCUGGAGUCCCACGGCUUUGACAUGGAGGUGUGCAACGUGCUGCGGACCAAGACCUUCCAUGCCCUCGGCCCCGACACAAAGGCUGCCAUCCUGGGCUUCCUGGUGGAGGUCCUCAACGGUAGCAACAUCGUCAUUAGUGAGAUUGACAACACACUGGAAAACAUGGCUACUUACAGGAAGAACAAGUGGAUCAUCGAGGGGAAAUUGCGCAAACUGAAGGCAGCUCUAGCACGGCGUACAGGGCGCUCUGAGGAGGAGCUGUGUCUCGAGGAGAGGAGGUGCAGUGCCAGGGUGGCAGAGGAGGAGAACCUCAUUCUACAAGGGAGCAGCUCCAUGCAGAGGGGCCGCCGCACACCCAAGGAGGAGCCCAAUCUCGGCGACACUGACAGCCCCACCAAUGACAGCGUUCCAGAGUUGGAGAGGCAGAUCGAUAAGCUAACGAAGCGGCAGGUGUUUUUCCGUAAGAAGCUGCUCCAGUCGUCCCACUCCCUGCGUGCGGUCUCUCUGGGCCAAGACCGGUUCCGCCGGAGAUACUGGGUCCUGCCCCACCUGGGAGGGGUGCUGGUGGAGGGGCCUGAGGAGAUCCUAGCGUCAGAGGAUAUCCUGGUGAAGGAGGUGCCUAUCACUCUUCUGAAGAGGGAACCUAAAGUGGAGGAGACGCUCACUCCUACAACCCCUCCUGCCCCCCUCCCAUCCCCUCUCCCUCCCAAGUCUCAGACUUCCUUCCCCCCUGAGGAGGACCCCCUCCCUGGCACUGCCUCUCUCAUGAGCAGCCCCAGGGCCCGUGGUCGCCCCCGCAAGAUCAAACCAGAGGUGGAGCUACACCUCCGCACUGCCAAGUGUCGCCGCCGUCGCCGUAGCAGCAAGUCCGGCGGGGAGGAGACUGGGCCAAGCGUUGCCCCAGAGGCCACCACCAACGGCUCACAAGACCUCACGCAGUCCGCCUUCCACAACUGGCUCAGCCACUUGCAGGGCGCCAUAACUAACGGGACGGAGCCAGCAACAGGCAGCCAACCAGAGGACAGUGUGAAGGAGAUGGCGGAGAAACAGGGGCAGUGGUUCAACUUGCUGCCCAAACAGCCGUGUGACAAAACCUCUCUGACAGAACCCCAGACCCCCCCCAGCACACCCCCCAAACGCCUCCCUCUGACCCCCAGCACCCUGCCCGCCCUCGCCGCUCCACUGCUGCAGUCUGUCCCAGCCCCCUCGGACUCCCCACCCCAGGUGGCCCCUACCCAGACCCCCACCCCAGCCAAACCGGGGCGCAGGCGGAGGAGGGGCAGCAGGGGCAGCAGUCCCGCCCGCAGGGUUGGGGCUAGAGGGGCUGCAGCUAAGCGUCGUGGCCGCCCUCCUUCCACGCUCUUCCAGGAGAUAGAGCAGCAGUACUUCACUCAGCUCGUGGUCAAGCCCAUUCCAGCAUCGAUGGUGCGUGGCUGGUGGUGGAUCAAGGAGCCUGAGGAGCUGACGGCUACCCUGCAGGCCCUGCACCCGCGAGGCAUACGGGAGAAGGUACUCCACAAACACCUGGCCAAACACAUGGAGUACCUGGCUGAGGUCUGCACACGACCCAUCAACGACACUAUAUUCCAGGUGAAGGUGGAGGUCGGCGAGGCCCUGCUGGAGGCUCUGCAGCAGCCGUGGCAGGUCCAGGAGCGGGCUUUGGAGACAGACGUCAGCGCCCUCCGCUGGGUGGAGGACCUGGAGCGGAGGGUCACCGCCGCUGACCUGCACCUCAAGAUGGCUCCCCAGAAUGGAAGGAGUGACACUGACAAUAGCACGGAAACGCCAGGCGCAGGAUUCCAGCCCUACACGGUCCCAGAGGCAGACUCCACACGUGACGACCUGCGGUACUACGAGCAUGACACGGACCCCCGGGAUGACUGGAUCGUGCGGACCAAGAAGGAGUGGUCGGACCUGCCCCGCGUGGCCAGUCACCCGCUGGACCUGGCAGUGCUGCGCCUGGCCAACCUGGAGAGGAACAUCGACCGGCGCUACCUGAAGGAGCCCCUCUGGAAUCUGGCUGAGGUGGUACGUCUCGCCCCGCUCACCCCCGAGGAGAGCCAGAUGGGCCAGAUGGACGUCAUGAGCCUGGAGAGUGAGAUAACCUCCAGGUUGCGGACAUGGCGUCAGGCCCUGGAUCGUUGUCGGAGCGCCCCCCAGCUGUGUCUGUGUCUGCUGCAGCUGGAGAAGGCCAUCGCCUGGGAAAGAUCCGUGGUCAAAGUGACGUGUCAAGUGUGCAGGAAGGGGGAUAAUGAUGAGUACCUGCUGCUGUGUGACUGCUGUGACCGCGGCUGCCACAUGUACUGCCUGAGGCCAAAGGUCACCCAGGUGCCAGAGGGGGACUGGUUCUGCCCCACCUGUUUCUCCAAGGCGAGUGACGGUGAGUCACCACAUAGCAACCAGCGCUCCUCCAAGCAGAGGACCCGGGUGAAGAAGAGGAGGUACGAAGACGACAGUUCUGACGAGGAGACGGUGCCCAGCAGACGUAGUGGCGGUGGUGAUGGCAUGGCAAUGCGACAUAAGGACGGCGGCCCCGCCUCCUCCUCCUCCUCCUCCCGUUACUCGGGAGACGGGGGAUGCACGACGGGCUUCUCGCCCGCCAAGCGCCGCCGCAUGACCACCCGCAACCAGCCCGACCUCACCUACUGCGAAAUCAUCCUUAUGGAGAUGGAGUCUCACGCUGACGCCUGGCCCUUCCUGGAGCCAGUCAACCCCCGCAUGGUGCCUGGCUACCGACGCAUCAUCAAGAACCCCAUGGACUUCCUCACCAUGAGGGAGAGGCUGCUACAGGGAGGGUACUGCAGCUGUGAGGAGUUUGCAGCGGACGCCCAUCUGGUGUUCAACAACUGCGAGCAGUUCAACGAGGACACGUCCGAGGUGGGCAUGGCUGGACACUCCAUGAAGCGCUUCUUCGAGAACCGCUGGGCGGAGUUCUACGAGAGCAAGGACAAAUAGGAGCCCAGGGCGCUGGGGGUGGGGCCAAGGACAGUGCCCUAACCCCAUUGCCUGACGCUUAUGCUCUCCAUUACUACUAAGACUGUCUGGGCUGGAGUCUCCUCCAGCCCUGUAUAGAUAUGUAUAGAUUUGGUUAUUUGUCGUUCUUGUUUUUCCUUUUUAAAACCUCGACUCUGUUGGGUUGAAGUUCUCUGGAUGACAGAGAGGGGGAUGUUUGAGCUCUCCACCUCUCUUCCCUCCCAUUGCACCCUCACUUCUGCACCUGCUUGGAAUUCUGCUGUCGUCACGUUCUCUCCUAAGCCUCACCCCUCGUCUCAUAACAAUGCCACGAUAUUGGUCCAUCCCUUGCUCUGAGGGGCUGGGGGGGGUCUGAGGCCCUGAGUUGAUUGGUUCUCAAAUUUUACCCUGUGUCAUGGUCCCGGUCAGGAGGUCUGCUUCGCUUUAGACCGGACAUGCUCUGACCUCGUUUCGACCACACGUGGAUGAAAACCCUACGGUUCGCUCUAAACUCAAACACUUUGGGAUUGGAUCCUCUCUUAACUGUUCAAUGGAAAUGUAAUGUGUGGUCUUAUGCCUAGAAGCAAUUUUUCUCAAUAUAUUUUUAUUAUAUAUUCUAUAUAUAUAUAUAUAUAUACAUAUAUAUAUAAAGAGUACAAUAGCUGGGAUUAUUUAAUAGCAAUAGCUUGUAGUGAAUAUGUACAGACUCCUUAGUUGAGAUGUUUAGACGAUUUAUGAAAAGGCCAGUAAAACAAAGUGGAAAGGAUCGUUUUUUUUUCUCUCUAAAGACUGUCACAUCACAACGUAACCAACCCCUAACUCACACACACACCUACACGACUACCCUGCUGCUGUGUGAAGGACACCGGUUUCAGAAACUGGAGGCUUUUUUUUUUUUUUUUCGUUUUGUGUUUUCACUGCUUCGUAAUCACAACGAAGACCGGUAGUCACAGCAAUGGGAAUUUUCAGGUGAGGUGUGCCCAUAGACUGUGUGAAUAGGACUAGUGAGGCGCUACCGCCAUUUUGAACCUCUUGUUUAAAACACUGUUCGCUUUGUGUUGCAGCUUACCAUAUUGGUCAAAUUAUCGGUUGACUGUUCUGUAGCAAUAUGUCAUGUUUUGACCGACAUCCUUUCGUUGGAAGAAUUGUUUUGAUAUUUUGGAAAAAUGUCACUCAAUGUUUCCUAGUGAUAUAUAUAUAUAUAUAUAUAUAUAUCUGCAUUCUAAGUUUAAAGGAUCUGAACAGGUAUUUGGGAAACACUGAAAAUGUUCAAUCGUCAAUUUGAUACUAACGUAGAAACAUAGGCCUGUGCUUCUAAAACAAGAAAUCAUAAACCCCCCCCCCCCAAAAAAAGUAGAGCGGAAUAACAGGAAAUGUGCGUUGAGAGGUUUUUGUGUGUAGGUUUCUGCAGCUUGGCAGUAGAGAACAGGCAUAGCUUGUGUGUUAGGAGAAACUUUUUGUUCUUGACUCGUGCUGAAAAAAGGCUUCUAUACAAAUAUGUGCACAUUUAGCUAACCCCACGUUCUUAUUAUGAAUACAUUUUUUUUCUCUGUUGAAAAGGGGCCACUGCGCUCCAUAGCUUGGCGUGGUUAGUGGGUUAUGGGAAAGGUAGGAAGGCGACAGGGCGAUACUCCACAAUCCAGGUUUUAUUUAAAGCUUCGUACACUGAACUGAAACCAGUCGAUAGGAAAUGCAUUGUUGUGUUCCUUGCUACACAAAAGGGACAUUGUUUUUUCUAUAUUUAAAAAGAAAAGACAUGAAAAUAAAAGCAAAUGUGGUGUUAAGUGAAUUUUUAAUAAUGUACAGUUUUUGUGACUUUAAAUUUGUUCCUUUCUAUAUUUUUAGGACCAAUCUAUCAUUUUUAAGAGGACGUAUUACGAGACCAUGUUGUAUCGAGGUGAUGUAACACGUGUGCAUCUGUAGAAUGUACUGUGAGUUGAAUAAAAAAACAUCUAGUUGAGAGACGACA